UGUUCCAGCAGAAAGCUCCAUGCACGGUUUCCCACAUUUGUCUCAAUGGCUACCACACCGAAACCACGUCCCACCUGAGAGGAGAGGAGAGGAUUUAUCGGUCAGAAUUUCACAGCAUUGUGUGGGAUUUAAGGAAAAAGCUCCUCCAGCCGGACAAUCUGUGGAUCCUGAGCCAAAGAGGGGACGUGAACUGAGGUGCCUGCAGCUCGAGAGCCCCUCACUGUAGCGUCUGCCGCCAUGGUGGAACCAGCCGAGAGGCCGUCCACAGCCGGACAGAGGCUGAGCGCCCCUGAUAGCUUUGGGGUGUCCACUCUGGAGCCAGGCCUGCGUCCUCCCUCCCAGCCUCCAGGGCGACAGGUCUCCAUCAGGGUUCAGAUGCUCGAUGACACGCAGGAAGUCUUCCAGAUAUCGCAACGUUCCCCAGGCAAAGUGCUGUUUGACCUGGUUUGUGUUCAUCUCAAUCUGGCUGAGGGAGACUAUUUUGGACUGGAGUACCAGGACCACCGCAAGAUGACGGUGUGGCUGGAUCUGCUGAAGCCAACACUGAAACAGAUUAGACGGCCUAAAAACACCAUCCUUCGUUUUGUGGUGAAGUUCUUCCCUCCUGACCACACACAGCUCUUGGAGGAGCUGACUCGGUAUCUGUUUGCUCUGCAGAUUAAACGCGACCUGGCCUGCGGUCGUCUCAUCUGCAACGACACCAGCGCUGCUCUCAUGGUGUCCCACAUCAUUCAGUCUGAAAUAGGAGAUUUCGAUGAGACCCAGAGCUGGCAGCACCUCCUCCACAAUAAGUACCUGCCCGACCAGGACGCCAUCCGAGACAAGAUCACUGACUGCCACCGCAAGCAUGUCGGGCAGACUCCUGCAGAGUCAGACUACCAGCUACUGGAAAUCGCUCGGCGGUUGGAGAUGUACGGUGUUCGUCUGCACCCAGCCAAGGACAGAGAGGGAACUAAACUCAGUCUGGCUGUGGCGCACAUUGGCGUGCUGGUUUUUCAGGGGUACACAAAAAUUAACGCCUUCAACUGGUCCAAGGUUCGCAAGCUCAGCUUCAAACGCAAAAGGUUUCUUAUAAAGCUGAGAGCAGACCCACAACAGAGCGCCCAUCACGACACGCUGGAGUUUGCCAUGGCCAGCAGGGAUUGCUGUAAAAUCUUCUGGAAGAUCUGUGUCGAGUAUCACGCCUUCUUCAGGCUCUUCGAGGAGCCCAAGCCCAAACCCAAACCCAUCCUCUUCACCAGAGGAUCAUCAUUCCGGUUCAGCGGUCGAACCCAGAAGCAGAUCAUCGAUUAUGUGAAAGACUCGGAGCUCAAGAAACUUCCAUUUGAAAGGAAGCACAGUAAGAUCCUAUCCAAUAGCGGCAUGACGCCUCAGUCUUCGUCCUUCAGAUCGCAAGUGCCAAAAGAGAGUGCCAUGUCUGUGCAGUUAGCAGACCAGCCUGACUCAACCAGACUGGGCCAUCGAGCUGAAUGUAACGGUUCAGAGGAGCCGCCACCAGCCUCAUCAGCCGCCAACGGCUUCCACGAUAUAGUGGCAGCGCCCGGCUCGGACCCGAUUCAGUCCAGACAGAACCACCACGGCACCGGAUCAGCUCCGGACCCGCAGUUCCUCAACCCAGAAAGUCCCGGUUCAGAGGACUCUCCGGAUGGAAGUCCCUGUGUGGUUGUCAACGGCAACGGCUCUGUAAACGGCAGCCCAGGCAUCCUGGGUCAGAGUCCCGAGGGACGGCAUCUAUCGCCUCUCACCAGCCCGCUGCUCGGUGAUGCUGGAUGUGUCCGCAACGAUGAUGAAGAGGAGGCGAGGAGGAAGAAGUUUCCCACAGACAAGGCUUACUUCAUAGCCAAGGAGCUGUUGACCACAGAGCGGACCUACCUCAAAGACCUGCAGGUCAUCACCGAGUCCUUCCAUGGUGUUGCGGGGAAAGAAGAGGCCUUCCCAGACUCCGUGAAGAACCUGAUCUCUGCCAGCUACGAUCCGGUCCACACGUUUCACCAGGGAUUCCUCAAAGAGGUGGAGCAGCGGCUGGCACAGUGGGAGGGUCGAUCUAAUGCCCACAUUAAAGGAGACUAUCAACGGAUUGGUGACAUUCUCCUGAAGAACAUUCAGGGUUUAAGGCAGUUGACAGUUCAUCUGCAGAAGCAUUCAGAGUGCCUGGUCGAACUGGAACGGGUCUGCAGGUCCAGUCGGAAAGCAGAGGCUGUGUGCCGAGACUUUGAGCAGCAGAGAGUUUGCUACCUGCCCCUCUACAUCUUCCUCCUCAGGCCUCUCCACCGCCUGCUGCACUACAAACUCAUCCUGGAGAGGUUCUGCAAGCACUACCCGCCCACCCACGAGGACUUCAGGGACUGUAGAGCGGCCCUGGCAGACAUCUCCGAGAUGGUUCUGCAGCUCCAGGGAAUCAUGAUGAAGAUGGAGAACUUCCAGAAGCUUCUAGAGCUGAAGAAAGAUCUGACCGGCAUCGAGAACCUCGCCAUCCCCGGGAGGGAAUUUAUCAGGCUCGGGUGCCUCAGCAAGCUCUCAGGGAAGGGCCUCCAGCAGAGGAUGUUCUUCCUGUUCAGUGAUUCCUUGGUGUACACCAGUCGAGGAAUGACCCCGUCCAACCAGUUCAAAGUUCAUGGCCAGCUGCCUUUGUACGGCAUGACGAUCAGAGAAAGUGAGGAGGAGUGGGGAGUCCCUCAUUCGUUCACCUUGUUUGGACAGCGCCAGUCUGUGGUGGUGGCAGCCAGCUGUCCGUCAGAGAUGGAGCGCUGGGUGGAGGACAUCAGGAUGGCCAUCGACCUGGCGGAGCAGAGCAGCAGCCCGAGCACUGACCUGCUGUCCACCAGCCUCUCUGACAACAAGCUGUCGGAGGACGGUGGAACCGAGCUGGAGUCGGAGGACGAGCUCUGCGGCUCGCGCUCGUCUCUUGAGCGGCAGGGUCACCGUGGUAACACCACCGUGCACGUCUGCUGGCAUCGCAACACCAGCGUGUCCAUGGUGGACUUUAGUGUUGCCGUGGAGAACCAGCUGUCAGGUAACCUGCUGAGGAAGUUUAAGAACAGUAACGGCUGGCAGAAACUCUGGGUGGUCUUCACCAACUUCAGCCUCUUCUUCUACAAGUCACACCAGGAUGACUACCCUCUGGCCAGCCUUCCUCUGCUGGGCUACUCCGUCACCGUCCCGUCCGAGUCCGAGAACAUCCACAAAGACUACGUCUUCAAACUCCACUUCAAAUCCCACGUCUACUACUUCAGAUCAGAGAGCGAGUACACGUUUGAAAGGUGGAUGGAGGUGAUCCGCAGCGCCACCUGCUCUGCCAGCCGCGCCGUGCCGAGCACCAGGAAAGACCUUUACUGAUGAGCCUGCACACAGAGACACUAACCUGGGUUUGAGAUCUGGACUUCAGAAGCACAAACACCAGAAAAGACUCUUAUUAUAGACACAGAAUCACUUCUUAUAAGUCUGAAGAGCUGAUUCACACACACACACACACACACACACACACACACACACACACACACACACACACACACACACACACACACACACCCACUCCUUCUCUCUUAUUACACUUUCUGCACCACUAGUGUCUGUGAUGGCAGUCGUCCACAUUGUAAUUCAUAAUGUAAUUUUUUUCUUCUCCAAACUGGCAGCACAAAGUCCUUCUGGUUUUCCUUUCAUCAUUCUGUUUAAGCCAUUGAGUGUUGUUCACACACACACAUUUUAUAUUCAUCCCCACAAACAUAUCAUGUUUACAAAAAGGAGGUUUGUUAUGAUAAACCUGAAUGAUUUUCAUGGGACUUUCCAGAAGUAUUUGGGACACUGAAGCAUGAGUUUGUGCACAGUAUUGUUUUUGCAUUUCCUAUGUUUGAUUGGUAAAUAUUCCUGUUUGACGACACAUUUGUGAUGCGAGUAAAACACACCCGGAUUUUUAACUGUGUGCAUGUGAACGCACUCGUGGUGAUUUUUAAACAUAAUAAGAUAAAUUCAAUGUGAUGCCAGUUUGGUCACAAUAAGAAAACAUCCAUCUUUUUCUUUUUCUAAGGCGACUUUUUGUACAGUACUUUGAUACACUGUGAAAUGUUUUUUUUUUUUUUCAUGUUUCCAGUAAGUUUUGCUUUGUUUUAAAAAUACAAAUGACUUCAAAACUGCUUCCAACGCCAACAGAGAUUUCACUGGUCCGUUUGCCAAAAAUACCUUCUCUUCUGUACUCCUCCAGUUUUCUGGAUUUUACUAUUCUAAAUAAAGAUGAGAAAAGAUUGUGUUCAUAUGAAAUUUGGUCGCUAGUUUUCAAAGGGGACAGAACCACGGAUGGGAUGACGACACAGGAAAAGGGUUGAUCCC